UACCUCUCUGUUCUGACGGCAGCAGGAGAAGAAGUCUCGUUUUAAAGACGUAAACAAUCCAGGUUGUCCCUGAGAGAACCUCAUGUUGUAACAUGAAGACCCUGAGGUUCCUUCAUUCUCGCCUGCCUCUCGGCCCACGGAGCUGCCACAGGUCAGCGGCAGCCUGCAGACCUCUCCCCACGUCACGCCGCUCAGGAUGCCCGUCCACCCUGCAGUCCAGGACCGUGGCGCUCUCUGCACCCGCCCUGAGCAACAGGGACGACUUCGGCAGCAGGUCACUUACAGAAGAGGAGGAGGAAGAGGAUGGAGACGUCCCGGACGACCGUGAGGUGGAGGAGCUGUUCCAGCAGCAAGUCCCCGCAGGGAUCGGACAGGGACAGCACAGGGUGUUCAUCGUCCACCCUGACGUGAAGUGGGGCAGCCGGAAGCAGCACCUGACCACAGCGGAGCUGAUGGUGGCUGAGGCAGAGGGGCUAGUGAACACCCUGGACAACUGGACGGUGGUGGACAAGAUCGUCCUCUCCACGAAGACGCCGGAGAAGAAGAGGAUAUUUGGGAAAGGCAACUUCCAGCUGCUCACAGAGAAAAUCCGACAAACCGUGGGGAUCACAGCCGUGUUUGUCAACGUGGACCGCCUGUCCCCGCUGUCCGAGAGGGAGUUUGAGGAAGCCUGGGGGGUGAAGGUCUUCGACAGGUACUCCGUGGUUCUCCACAUCUUCCGCUGCAACGCCAGAACCAAGGAGGCCAAGUUACAGAUCUCACUGGCCGAGAUCCCCUUAUUAAGAUCUCGACUAAAAAACGAAAUGGCAGAUUUAGAUCAGCAGGGAGGAGGAUCGAGGUACAUCGGAGGUUCAGGAGAGACGUUGUACGAGGUGCAGCAGAGGCUGCUGAAGGAGCGGGAGAAUAAGAUCCGCUCGGCGCUGGAAAGACUUCGUAAAAAGAGGCACCUCCUGCGGUCCCAGCGCAAACACAGGGAGCUGCCCAUCGUGUCUGUGCUGGGAUACACCAACUGUGGAAAGACCACUCUGAUCAAAGCUCUGACCGGCGACAGCGGCCUGCAGCCCAGGAACCAGCUUUUUGCGACCCUCGAUGUGACCGUCCACGCCGGCCAACUGCCCAGUCACAUGACUGUGCUGUAUGUGGACACCAUCGGCUUCCUGUCCCAGCUUCCACAUCAGCUCAUCGACUCCUUCUCCGCCACCCUAGAGGAUAUUACACACUCGGAUCUGCUGGUUCAUGUCAGAGACAUUAGUCAUCCAGAGACUGUGAAUCAGAAGGCGAACGUACUGAAUGUCCUGAAGAACCUGCAAAUCCCACACCGGCUCCUGAGCUCUAUGAUCGAGGUUCACAAUAAAAUCGACCUACUAGACAAGUACGAGAGCCCAGAGCCCGGCCCGGUGCUCAUCUCUGCCCUGCAGGAGCGAGGCCUGGACGAGCUGAAGACGGCCGUGGAACAGCAGAUCGUGAAGUCCACAGGGAAACAAAUUUUAGAGCUGAGCGUUAACCUCAGCACGCCCCAGUUAAGCUGGCUGUACAAAGAAGCCACCGUUCAGGACGUGCAGGUGAACGCAGACGAGGGCUCGGCUGUCGUCAAGGUCAUCAUCAGCGCCGCCGCUCACGGACGCUACAAGAAACUGUUCCAGGGUGGAUGAGAGAGGACGGACGGACGGCUGGAGCCCAAAAAGACUGAACUCAGAACCAACGAAGAGCUUAAGAAAAUACUGUGUUUACUCUGCAGUGGCAUAAAGAUCUGUGUUGACAAUUCUGAAA